GCGGGAAAGCGAGUGGUGUCUCCUUCACCGGAGCCGCGGGAGACCUGAGCAAGCUCAGUGACAACUCGUCGGCCGCCAUGUCAGCGAGUCGGGCGGGAAACAGAUCCAGCGUACAGCGGUAGCCCUCUUUUCGCCUCCGAUUUCCAGGCAUGGAAGGACUUUAAUGAAACUUGAAUGGUUCAACAAAAGAUGCGCUAAUGGAUGACAGCGAAACCCCUGCAUAUAACCUGCAGAUUGCGCCACAAGAUGGGUAUCAUCCUGGUGACAGUGUGGAAAGUACAGUAACACAUUUGCCUUCUGUGUCAGAUGAAAAUGAAAAUCAACUUGAUGGAGGUGGAUGUGAGUGUCUGACUGGCAGUGACAGUGCAAUGGGAAAACCUGAAGUGUUUGAACAAGACAGUUUCAACAAUAAUGAAAGUUGCGCAUCACACUGUGACGUGGCUGCAAGUGAGAACUCAGAAAACACUCCUAGUGAAGGACCCAAAGAUGAACAGACCCUCUUGGGAAAGGACAAAAAAACACCUGGAAAAAGAAGCUUAAGAAGCAAGAAAGGUACUGCUAAGAAGAUACCACCAGGACUUUCUUCGGGGGUUAGUACACCUUUAAUGCAAGAAAAGACAGUCAGUGCAGCCACACAAGCUGUUGGUGCUGAAGACGAUGCUGAAGUAAAUGCUAAUGAACAACUAGAAGCUCCAAAGCUAGUUCUGCAGUACCUGUUCUCGCUUGUACAAGGUGAAGUGGAGCAGCUGGACUCCAGGGCACUUCCCCUUUGCCUUCAUCAGGUACUACUUAGGUACUUCACAGAAGAAAGAUAUGAGAAAGCAAUGAAAUUCAUUCAGCUUGAACGAUUAUAUCAUGAGCAAUUGCUUGCAAAUCUUUCUGUCAUUCAAGAAAAAUGGGAAACAAAAUGGAAAACUGUGCAACCACAUACAGUUAUAUCUCAAAGGAAUGCAGAAAAAGGAUUUAAUGAAGAUUUUGAACGGCUUACUAAAUUUUGCACAACACAUCAAGACCCUCUUUUAUCCAAACAUCAGAUAGCAGCUGUUGAAAAGUCCCUUGGAAGAAAAUGUUUCACACAGUUAAUAGUGUCUGAUGAUCCAAAAGAGCAAGUCAAAGACUCAGAGAAUGAAACUUGUUUGGGCAUGGAACCAAGUGAAGAGAGCCAGUGUAAAGGCGAGACCCAGGAUAGCAGCCCUGGCUUUAAUCUGAUAGGCAGGCAGGCAGAGUCCUCAGACUUUCCAGCAACUACAGGGAAGAACCACAAGGAGGAGCUGUGCGGCAGCACUGGAGCCCAUCUGGAGCUCCACACCCAGUCCUCAGAGGCAGCUGGGAGCAGGUCCGGGCCAGACCUUUCUCAGAAUCCUUAUCAGGAUGACUGCCAUUUGCAGCUGACUGACAAAGAGGCCUGCAAAGAUGUAGCCAGAAUAGAGAGCAUUUCUGAAGACCCUACGGUGUUAUUUUCCAGUGAGUCAGUGAUAGAGCCAUUGGUUUCAGGAGGCUGUGACCAUAUACUUCCUGCAUUGAUUUCUGAAGAUAAGUACUCGCAGACUGAAAGAAAGGAACUCCUAUUGCCUCUUCAGGGUGCUUCUGAGGCGUUGCCCACAGACCAACUUGAGAAUAAUGAAUUAAAUGAGCUGCAGCAACCUGGCCUCACUGACAGUGAUGGAAAAUCACUACGUAGUCAGACUGACUCAGAUGGCUCUGAGCAUGAACUUUGUGAAAAUAAUAAAAUAUUUGACCUGAGUACAGUGCUUCCAGAGGUGUAUAUGGCCCCAGAGGAAAAGGGAGAUAAGGACCAUCAAGUGAGCAAAGAAACAGAAGAUUAUCUAAACAGCCUUUUAGAAGGAUGCUUAAAUGAUACUGAAGAUUCUCUUUUAUAUGAAGAUAACCAAGAGGAAGACUCUGAUCUCCUUCAAGACCUUUCUCCUGAAGAGGCAUCCUAUAAUUUACAGGAGAGCCUACCUUCUGAUGAUAGCUGCCUUUCUCUUGAUGAUCUUGCCAGAAGGAUAGAGAUUACAGAGGUUGUUCCUGCUGAAGGAUUGGUCUCUAUAUUAAAGAAGAGGAAUGAUACUGUAGGAAAUCAUCAAUCCCAAAUGCAGCAGAAGCCAUCUAAGCGGAGAGUAAGAUUCCAAGAAAUAGAUGAUAACUUGGAUCAAGAUGAAGUUGGUGGUGGCUCCUGUAUUUUACUGAUCUUACUGUGCAUAGCAACUGUUUUCCUUAGUGUUGGAGGAACUGCCUUGUAUUGCACUUUUGGUGACAGGGAGUCACCUGUUUGCACAGACUUUGCAGACAACAUGGACUUCUAUUACACUAAGUUACUGCAGGGGAUGGCAGAACUUAAACACUGGAUCUACCUCGCCUAG